AUGCGAAGAGAUAAGAGAGAAAACAAAGCUCAAUCAAAAGGAACUCGACCUGCGUUUAUAGUUGCGGAGCGAUCUGCACCCAAAGGGCUUGAAGGGAUCAAGAAGGAGAAGUCUUCGAUCAUCACUGCAAUUAACGCCACAAACAAUCGUGCAGCCCGCAAAGGAAAGCUACCAGCGGCCAACCAAAUCUUCGAAACUGGCAAGGAGAAGAGACGCUUCCGUAAAUCGGCGACCAAUGCUCCUUUGCUUCGGACGAAGAGGAUCUCAUUGGCGCAUGAAAUCAUGGUCAACAAAUGGCUGAUGGAAGAGCAUGAAGUGAAAGAACUCAGCGAUGCAUUCCGGGAUGAUACCUUGAAGCGAGAAAAUCUUCUUAAAAAAUACGCCGAGAAUUUGGAGUGCUGUAGAAAAGAGAAGGAGCAGCAGGAGAGUCGUCAAAUAGGGAGUUUCUUCGAGGAUGAAGCCAGUUCGGGCGAGUUGGAUACUGACGAGCUUGCGAGUGAUGACUUGAAGGAGGAAAAACAAGUUCGGAAGAUUGUUGAGUCAUUCACCAAGACGAAUUCGAAGGUGGGCAUGAACUGGCUCAAAGCGUACUACCGCAAUGUCGUAGAGAAAAAUGAGAAGAAAGAAACAGGACUCAUUUUCAAAAUCAACGAGUUACAAGAAGCGGUAAUUCGAUACGACCUAUCGUGA